AUGGACCUCAUCGCCAUGUUAGGUGUGGCUUUCGCCUUCUUUCUGGCUCACUGGCUUGUCGGAUGCGUGUGGAAUGUUUACUUCCAUCCACUGUCCAAGUUUCCCGGUCCUCGAGCAGCGGCAAGUUCUUUACUCUGGAGAUUCCUCCACGAGGUGGUGUAUCAAUCAGAUAUAACCCAUGCGCUGCCAAAGCUGCACCGGAAAUACGGGAAAAUAAUACGGACCGGCCCCAACGAAAUUCACUUAUCUGAUCCUGCGGCCUAUCAUGAAAUUUACACGGGAAAAGUGCGAUGGAACAAAGACGAGUUCUUGUACCAUUCGCUUGGGGAGAAUGGCAGUGCCUUUGGUAGUCUUUCCGUCGAGGAAGCGAAGCCACGCAAGUCGACUCUGGCGCCCCCGUUUUCGCGGCGAGCAGUGUCCUCCUAUAAUGACCUCCUCAAACUUCACGCGAACCGCCUCUGCAACGUCUUAAAGCAGAAUGAUAAGAGACAUGAAGCAUGCGACCUUCUCUAUGCAUUCCGCUCGUUCUCUCUCGACGUCAUCUCGAAGAUUGCCUUCUGCGAAAGUCUUAAUGCAAUCGACCAUCCGGGCUUCAAGCACCCCAUCCUCGUGAGCUUUGACGAUGCUUUACCAGCAUUCCAAGCAGCAAAGUUCUUCCCCUGGAUCUACGGACAACUUCAUUCCUUCUCGCCUUCGACGAUUGACCGGCUCUGGCACUCUACGGGAAGUCUGCUCCGGUUUCGUGAUUACCUGGUCGAUAUUGUGUUGGAUCUGCAAUCAAAUCGCAAAAAUGAGGACAAGGAGCCCUGUCUCCUUCAUAAGCUCAUGGAUCCAUCCAAACAUACUGCUGAACCAAAGCUCUCCGCCGACACACUUCAAGGAGAAGCCCAGACGGUGAUCUCGGGCGGGGUGGAGUCUGUGGCACACACGGCCGUCUACGCGGCUGUCUUUGUAGGACAGGACCGGACCAUCGCCAAUCGACUGCGCGUGGAACUCGAGCAGAUCUGGCCCGACCCUGUUGGCAAUAUCCCCGACUUAGCGCAACUCGAGAAGCUGCCGUUUUUGACCGCAGUCUUGAAGGAGUCCUUGCGCUUAGCACCAGGGAUUCCAACUCCUUUGCCGCGAGUUGUUCCGCGAAACGGUGCAACCAUCGGUGGAAAGUUCAUUCCUGGCGGCACGGUCGUGGGAGCUUCCGCUCAGAUGCUUCAUUAUUCGGAGGAUCUGUUCAAGGAUGCCCACCUGUUCAAGCCAGACCGAUGGCUCCACCAGGAAGCACAGGAGCUGGAUUACUGGCUGGUGCCAUUUUCCAAGGGACCCCGAGCGUGCGUCGGCUUGAAUCUUGCGUGGGCAAAACUGUACAUGGAACUAGCUGCCAUUUUCCGUCGAUUUGAUAUUGAAUUGACACUCCAGAGCAGUUUGUAUGGCUUUGACCCCCUUUCUCUUCCGGGAUGCAAUGAUGCUGACGGCUCCUCUACGAUUAACAGAAAGACUGGAGACUUCGUAUGGCGCGAUUGCUUCUUGCCCUACCUAACCUCAACACAUCCCUCUGCCUACUUCCACGCGGUCGAAGGUUACGACUAG